UGGUGCAGUAGUAGUAGCGGAGUAGUAGUAGAGGGACGGACGGGAAUGGAUGGGCAGGAAGCAUUUUUGAAAUAGUCGAGUGGUGGCAGUGUCUCGGUGCUGUCGUCUUUUUCCAUCCAUCUCUACUCCCUCACGACGCUCUCUGCUCUUCUUCUUCUUUUAGACCGGCUGCUUCAUUUAGUACACGUUCGUUGGCUAUUGUUGUGGUGGGGAUGUUGUCGUGUUGUCUCUUUGCAGUGUUGCGGAUGUGACCUAUCGGCAGAAAAAAAAACCAUUUCAAACCAAAUAUACCUGGUCGUGAUUUUUGAGUGAUUUAUUUUUCAACAGUUUUUAUUUUCCAAGACGAGAAGAGUGUCGAGUUGUUUGUCUGCCGAUCGUGUUGUUGAUUGUGUCAAUUCUUUUGCGGUUAAAGAAGAGGAGAGCCCCGUUUUGUGGGGGCUGUGGAUGAAGGAUUCGUUUCGCAUGUUCGCCCCACUAGCAGCAGCAGCCUGGCCUCUCGUCAGUCCCGGUGAGGCGUGGGCGUUGAGCGGGGCCAAACUGACUUCUUCCUGGCAGCAGCAGCAGCAACAACAACAACAAAAUCAACAGCCUUACGGUUCGGGAGCAUCAGCUAUUCCGGGUGGCCAACAUCAACAACAACGUGGUGAGCCAACAACAUUGUCCAGCACGAUUGGCAACAGCAGGACGGACGCCGCCGUGGAUCACAACAACAUGGCCGGCGAGUUACCACUCUCGCCUGAAGAUCUCUCCAGCGAUGACGAAAAAGAUUUGGCGUCGGCCGACGCCGAGGGCGUUUGGAGUCCCGACAUUGAGCAAAGCUUCCAAGAGGCUUUGGCCAUUUAUCCGCCUUGCGGCAGACGGAAAAUCAUCCUCUCUGACGAAGGGAAGAUGUACGGUCGCAACGAACUCAUUGCCCGUUACAUCAAGUUGAGGACGGGCAAGACGCGGACGAGAAAACAAGUCAGUUCGCACAUCCAGGUCCUGGCCAGACGGAAAUUGCGUGAAAUUCAAUCGAAAAUCAAGAAUGCCUCCAAAGAUGAAGUCCUCCGCCUCUACGGUUCUGUGGCCCAGGAUCAGGCCACCAAGGAGAAAACCUUGCAAAACAUGUCCAGCAUGUCCAGCGCCCAAAUUGUCUCGGCCAGUUCACUGCACAACAACAAGACGGGCCUGUCGGGACUGGGACUACCCGCCCCCGUCUCCUACCCACCGCCGUUUUGGCAGCCUGGUCUCCAACCCGGACCCUCUCAAGAUGUCAAGCCGUUCGCACAAUCACAUUACGCAGUUGGCGCCAGUCCUUCUGCGAAUAACAAAUCAGGAACGUCGAAUGGUGGGACAGGUUCAUCCGCCGCCGGGAGCGGUGGGUCGGCCGAAAUGGCUGGCCUCCUGGCGCCUUCAUCGGCUACACCCAACAACAACGCACCUUCGUCUUCAUCGGCGGCUUCAGUGACGACGGUGGCCACGACGGCCGGCCUCACCCCUCCAGCUCCACCCCCGCCAUGGGAAGGACGGGCCAUCGCCACCCACAAGUUGCGGCUGGUCGAGUUCUCGGCCUUCCUCGAGCAGCAACGCGAUCCCGAUACGUACCACAAACAUUUGUUUGUGCAAAUUGGAGGCGCCACCAGUUACUCGGACCCCAUGUUAGAGGCGGUUGAUAUCCGGCAGAUCUACGACAAAUUCCCCGAGAAAAAGGGCGGCCUCAAGGAGCUGUUCGACAAGGGUCCGCAGAACGCCUUUUUCCUGGUGAAAUUCUGGGCCGAUUUGAGCACCAACAUCACGGAGGACGUGGGGGCCUUUUACGCCGUGACGUCUCAGUACGAGAGCAACGAGAACAUGACCAUCACGUGCUCGACCAAGGUCUGCUCGUUCGGCAAGCAGGUCGUCGAGAAGGUGGAAACGGAGUACGCCCGCUUCGAGAACGGCCGCUUCGUCUACCGCAUCCACCGGUCGCCCAUGUGCGAGUACAUGAUCAACUUUAUCCACAAGCUCAAACACUUGCCAGAAAAGUACAUGAUGAACAGCGUCCUCGAGAACUUUACCAUCUUGCAGGUGGUGACGAAUCGAGACACGCAAGAGACGCUCCAGUGCGUGGCCUACGUUUUCGAAGUGUCCACGUCGGAGCACGGCGCCCAGCACCACAUCUACCGGCUGGUGAAAGAUUGACCCGACACCACCACCCGCCAGCAGAGUGAGGCCGUCAUCAUCACUUCAAGCAGGGGCUUUUAGUGUUGGUUUUCUUACUUUGUGAAAUCAAAGGAGAAAGAAAAAAAAAAGGAAGUUAUCAAAGAAGAAAAAAAGACGAUUCUAAAUAUAUAUAUGCAUUGCGAUGUGUGUGUGUGAUACGCCAUGGCAGCAAAAAUAAGAUGGAAGAGGAGCCAAGAGAAAACAGACAACCCCCGGGCAUCUUUUGAUUUAUAUAUUAUUAUAUAUAAAUAUAUAUAUCCCCCCUCUCCCGUUUUCUUCUUCCGUACGGUUGCAGCUAUUUUCCGAGUUCUACUUUUUGAUUUCAAAAAAACAAAACAAACAAAACAAAACUGGUUUUCUUUUGUUGGAAGUGAUGGAACUUUUUUUUUUUUUUUUUAAGUUGUGGGUAGGGGGAGGUCUGUUUUUGUGGGUAGUAGACCCGUGUCCAAUACCAAGGCGAUAUCAAAUCUCUUGUCUCCCUUUAAUGUAAUUUUUUUUUUUAAAUCACACACAUACGCCCAUAUUUUUGGGGGGUCUUUCUGUUUCAAUUUUUUUGUUCGUGAUUUCUCUCGUUACGUGUCCGGAAUUUUAGCGAAAUUUUUAGUUGAAUUUUCCUCGAAAACGGGAGAUGGCGAGUGAAAUUGAACAGAUGUGUGUUGUGUGUAGUUUGUUUUUAUUAUUAUUAUUGGAAUAAUCAGGGGCGGAUUAUUUCAUUGGGGCGAUGAAAACCAAUCAGUGGCGGCUUAUUGUCUGUAAUUUUUUCUCUUUCGUAGGUGGGAUUAAAAUUUGUGUUUUGUCCCUUUCCGUCGAAACAUUUAAAUCAAGUUGUUCUGUUUUUUGUUUUGUUUCAUUUUUUUUUUUCUUACCCCUUUUUAAUUGUUUUUUAUGUUCUAUAUUUUGGGAAUGAUCGACAAUACCAGAUCUCAAUUAGAUGACGUUAAACAAAACAACAAAAAAAAGUAACAUGUGUAAAAUGAUAUAAUAAUAAUAACUUUUUCUGUGUGUGUGUGUGUGUGUGUGUGUGUGUGGCGUGUGCAUCUCUUUCCCCCCCCCCUUCUAUCUUAUUUCUUUAUAUUUCAAUAUCAUAUUUUUAAUAGACAUAUUAUCAAUGGGAGGAGGAGGAGGGGAACCCGUCCUCUUUUCUUCACGAGAUUGCGUGCGGCUGCUAUUUAGAAAUAAUUCGUGAGUGUGUGGUGUGUGUGUCCCUAUUUUUUUUCCAUCUUUAUUUCCCGUGCCAAGAGACUCGAUUUUUUUAUUCUUCCUUUUUUAUUUUAAAAAGAACAACAUCCGCCUCUUCCGCAAAUCGUUACUCUACCUGUCUUUUUUUUUUUGAAAAACAAACAAAAUAACAUUUCAAAAAUAUAGAAAAUCGCGCCAUAUCGGUACUGCCAUAUCAAAUCCCUGAAACUAUUGAAAAAUUGUCCUUUUUCCCGCCCUUGUCAUUUUGACGCGUUUAAAUUUAUCGAAGGGAAUGAAUUGAUUUUGUUCCUCUUUU